UCGCCCGCCGGGUUUAGGGUUCAGUCCUUGGCUCUCCCUUCAUCGCGCACACCGCAGACAUCCUGCCCGCUCCUCUGGUGGACGGUUGGACGCUGCUGUUACAGACUUCAGCUUCUGGGCGAACAGAAAGGCUCUGUGUGGAGACGCUGUUGUACUCGUGUGGAAAUCGCAGAGAUGUUUGAGACCAGCCAAGAUGACUUGCUGCUGUUUCCCUCAGAUGGUGGGGAUGAGGUCUGUUUCCCAGGGGAGAGCUUGGCUAAUGGGGGUCAGUCAUUGGCUGAGGCUCUCCUUCCGUUGGUUGAGUCUCCAUCUCCCCCGCUUAACCCCUGGCUCUGCUCCACCCGCUACAAGACUGAGCUGUGCAGUCGCUAUGCCGAGACGGGUACAUGCAAAUAUGCGGAACGCUGCCAGUUUGCUCAUGGCCUACAUGACCUCCAUGUGCCCUCCCACCACCCCAAGUACAAGACAGAGCUGUGCCGCACCUUCCACACAGCAGGCUACUGCAUGUAUGGCACCCGUUGCCUCUUUGUGCACAGCUUGAAGGAGCAGAGGCCUGUUCGCCACAGGCGUAGGAGCGUACCAUGCCGUACAUACCGUGCCUUUGGGGUCUGCCCCUUCGGAACCCGCUGCCACUUCUUGCAUAUUGAGGGUGGCUCAGAGUCGAGCGAUGGUGCAGAAGAGAAGGCCUGGCAGCCACCUUCACGUUCCAGUGAGUGGAAGCCGCGUGGUGCUCUCUGCCGUACCUUCAGCUCUUUCGGCUUUUGUCUGUAUGGCACUCGCUGUCGCUUCCAGCAUGGGCUGCCUAACGCUGUGAAGGGCCUUGAAAUGAACCAGACCCCUUGGUCACCCCAGAUGCCUGGAAGGGCCCUCUCCCCAGCAUCAGACAUGCGUUCUUCCUCCCCACCCUCAUCCUCCACCUCCUCAUCUCCUCCGUCUAUGCUAGCCUCCCCUGUGUUCCCUGAUGACUCUGGUCCUGUCACACCACCAUCUGGAGAAGCGAUGGCCCACAAUGCAUUCACCUUCAGCAGCCAGCACCUCAAUGACCUGCUGCUGCCACUAGCCAUCAGACUCCAGCAGCUUGAACAGGCUUCUAAUCUGAGCCCACAGGAUAUGUUUGAACAAGCACUGUUGUCUUAA